ACAAGUCAACGACGAAAGCUUCCAACCCUACAAUCGUCCAUUUCUAUUUCGCUCCCAGUGGCAUUUACUACGUUAAAUCGUUACUCCCAAGUUAACGUAACGAUGUCGGGAAAUCUAGACAUUCUAGCUCUGAAGGAUGACGACGUCACCAAGAUGUUAGCGGCGACGACCCACGUCGGAAGCACCUCGGUGAACUUCCAGAUGGAAUCCUACGUGUACAAGCGCCGCCCGGACGGAGUGCACAUCAUCAACCUGGGCCGCACCUGGGAAAAGCUGCUACUCGCUGCCCGUUGCAUCGCCAGCAUCGAGUACCCCGGAGAGGUCUUCGCCAUCUCGUCCCGUCCGUUCGGACAGCGUGCCGUGCUGAAGUUCGCCCACUACACUGAGGCUACCCCGACUGCUGGUCGCUUCACGCCCGGUGCCUUCACCAAUCAGAUCCAGCCGGCUUUCCGUGAACCGCGUCUGCUGAUCGUCACCGAUCCGUUGACCGAUCACCAGCCCGUCACUGAGGCGUCGUACGUCAACAUUCCGGUCAUUGCUUUCUGCAACACCGAUUCACCGCUGAAGUUCGUCGACAUUGCCAUCCCAUGCAACAACAAGUCGCCCCACUCCAUCGGUUUGAUGUGGUGGCUGUUGGCUCGUGAGGUUCUGCGCCUGCGUGGUAAGAUCACCCAAGACAAGUGGGAAAUCAAGCCCGAUCUGUUCUUCUACCGCGACCCGGAGGAGGCCGAGAAGGAACAGGCUGCCAUUGAGGCUGCCCCGCCGGCCAAGGACCUGUACCCUGACGAACCGAUCGUCGUUGAUGAGACCAACUGGGCCGGUGAGGAUGCGGCUCUGCCAGCCGUCGCCGCUGCUGGUGGUGCUGCUGCUGUCGUUGCCGCCGUUGUUCCCGCACCGGCUGCCGUACCGCAGCUGAUGCAGGCCGAUGAUUGGAACGAGGAUGAACCCCAGACCGCUGGAUCGUGGGGAGGUGGCGGUGGCUUCUAAGCGCCGCUAGCUUCUGUUGGUGUGAAGAGGACACUACGUGGAAUCUAUGUAGGUGGUUCAGGUGGAAAUACACAAAAAGGAUGGAAAAAGUAA